GAAAACAGAAGCUCUUUGAUAUCAGGCACAUUGGCGGUUAGGAGUUUAUUUCAUUACACCAGGGAAGGAGAAGCCUGUGUUUUCUUAGGAUGAAGCAAAAUCUGAAAGCUUUAAUCUGUGGAGGGUGCAUUGGUUUUAUUAUGGUUUACAUGUACAUGAAGUUAAACAUUGAACUAACUGUGGCACCGCAAACAGUUAGAACGUUUCAACAUCAGCUUCCAAUUGAGGUCCAGAAGCGCUCUAACAAUAAAUCAGAUGAGGUAGCGAAGCAGCUGAGCUCGAAGGUGCGCCUCUUGUGCUGGGUCAUGACUGCCCCCCAAAAUUUGGAGAAGAAAGCCAAACAUGUCCGAGCUACCUGGGCCAAACGCUGCAACAUGGUGCUCUACAUGAGCUCGAGCACCAGUGACUUCCCAACCGUUGGACUGAAUGUGUCUGAGGGCAGAGACAACCUCUACUGGAAAACCAUCCGAGCCUUCGAAUACAUCCACACUCACCACCUUGACUCUGCCGACUGGUUCGUCAAAACCGAUGAUGAUACGUUCUUGGUGCCGGAGAACCUGAGGCUUCUCCUGAGUAGAUAUGACACUAACAAGCCCAUUUACCUGGGGCACAAGUUCAGGGUGUUAGUGAAGCAGGGGUAUAUGAGCGGCGGAGCUGGCUAUGUCCUAAGCAGAGAGGCUCUCAAGAGGUUCGUUCAAGGUUUCAGCUCAGGACAGUGCACGCACACAAGCCCGGUGGAAGACGCAGCCUUGGGGAGUUGCAUGGAGACCAUGAAGGUCGAAGCCGCCGAUUCGAGAGAUGAGAAGUUGAGAGAAACAUUUAAUCCCUUCCCGCCAGAACACGACCUGCUCCCUCCCGCCUCCGGGAAACAGACCUGGGGCUACAGUUACUAUAUGAUAAAACAAGGACCGCAAUGCUGUUCAGAUUAUGCCAUCAGCUUUCACUACAUCCCACCUGUGAGGAUGUACGAGCUGGAGUACUACACUUAUCACCUGCGACCUUUCGCAUAUCACUACAGGUUCGAGCUGUCCGUCUCGGGUGACCCUACAGGAAAAAACACGAGUUUACCAAAAAGAGACAAUUGAAUCAUUUGAAUGUAGUGGAGGACCAAGAACAAUUUAUUAAAAAUUGCACUUCAUUCACAGCUUAUUUUGUUAUAAACCAGUGACUAUUAAGGGGUUUAUUUAUUGCAUUGAGCUACUAGAGAGAUAGAUAGAGUACUUUAUUAAUCCCAAAGGGAAAUAUGGUAACAGCAGGCAGUUCACAUAAUAUACAACAUAAUAUACUAUAAAUAUGCAAAAAGGAAGGUCAGUUUAAUAGAGAAGCUGUGAAACCUGUCUGUUAUCUGCUGUCCCCUUAAGUGAAGGGGUUUUAUGUGAUUCAGUGUAUAAGGGUUUGUGGGAAUAUUUUAUUAUUACUUGUAUUAUUAUUUUAAUUCUGGUCAUUAUCGAUCAUUUGAACUGCUUAGGAGAGUGAAUAGAAUUUCCACAUGCUUUCUUGAAAUUAACACUAUGUUUGUUUAUGGUUGUCAGUUCAGUCAGUUUAUGAUCUCAGGACUAAAGGUUUUAUUUACCUUGUCAAAAAAAAAACAUCACUUUUUGAUUGAUGUAAGUUUUUUUUAAGAUAUGCUGUAGAUGUAAUACAUCAUGUGGUGUUGGUCUGAGCGUCUGAGCUCUCUUGUCAAAAUGUUUUUAAAAUGUUAUUCAAUUUCCCUCAUUACCAAUUCUAAAAAUAAUACAAAAAGAUUAAGACUUUAUAAAGAAAUAUUUAUGGGAAUUUUAGCAUUUCAUAGAAUUUUUUACAACUUACUUUUGCUUUGUUGACAGCAUCCAUUCAAGGCCAAACAAUAACAUUGUAAAAAAGGAAUUUAAAUGUAACUAUUCAAAGUGGCUUAGUGGUUAGCACUGUCGCCUUGCACCUCCAGGGUCUGGUUUCGAUUCCCCGCCUCUGUGUGCAUGGAGUUUGCAUGUUUUCCCCAUGCUUGGUGGGUUUCCUUCAGUUACUCUAGUUUCCUCCUACAGUCCAAAAAACAUGCAGAUUAGGCUAAUCGACAUUUACAAAUUGUGUGUGUGUGUGUGCAUGCCCAUAAUGGAUUGGCCCCCUGU